GACGCACACGCGCAGAGAAAAAGAAGAAAGUACAGUAGUGGAUGUCUUGAAUUGCGCGCCUAGUGCCACGUGGCAUUAAGAGUGCCGUCUCUGCCUAAUAUGUUUUGGAAGAAAGAAGAAAGAGUCAGUGCGUUGCGCGUGUAAUGGAAGCUGAGCGGAAGCGCUUGAAGCCACGCCUUGAGCGUCGGAACGCUAUGAAGAACAUCGACUACCAAUUGAAGGACGAGGACGCAGACGCAGACGCAGACGCAGCUUAUUUGAAUCAACGGAGUUUCCGAGUCAAAGGAAUCGACGGCGAAUUCGACCGCAUCCUUCGCAGCCUGGGCCUCUCUGGGCCCGAGGACUUUGCCAUCCCUGCUGCAGCCUGGGAAGAAGCCCGGGCCCAUAAAGCCCGCAGCAGCGUCCAACCGAGAGAGGGGGGAAUAAAGGGUGUUCGGCCUCCCGUUUUGGAACCGCCGUUGGUCACCUCUGCUUGGACCUCCCAACAACAAACGGAGAGGGUUCCACCUUCUGAUUCUGUGUCACGUGAUGACGAUGUUGCUGUCGAAGCUCAAACUGAAGAGGUUUCUGGUUUUGCUGAUGACCACGGGUCGUUUGAUAUUCAUAAUCUGUCCCCAAAUGGAAGUGGGUAUUUCCGGUCGUGGCAAAAGGGCGAUAUCCUAGGAAAAGGCUCCUUUGGAACCGUCUAUGAAGGUUUCACCGAUGAUGGGAAUUUUUUUGCUGUAAAGGAGGUGUCUUUGCUGGAUGAUGGAAGCCAGGGCAAACAGAGCCUUUUCCAACUUCAGCAGGAAAUAUCUCUUUUGAGUCAGUUCCGACACGACAACAUAGUCCGAUAUCUUGGCACUGACAAGGAUGAUGAUAAGCUGUAUAUCUUCCUCGAGCUUGUAACAAAAGGAUCAUUGGCAAGUCUCUAUCAAAAGUACCGUUUAAGGGACUCUCAAGUUUCUGCAUACACACGACAGAUUUUAAGUGGCUUGAAGUAUCUUCAUGAUCGUAAUGUGGUUCACAGGGACAUCAAGUGUGCCAAUAUAUUGGUUGAUGCCAAUGGGUCCGUCAAGCUUGCAGAUUUUGGAUUGGCAAAGGCAACCAAGUUGAAUGAUGUUAAAUCAAGUAAAGGCUCCCCGUACUGGAUGGCCCCUGAGGUUGUUAACUUGAGGAACCGUGGAUAUGGACUAGCAGCUGAUAUAUGGAGCUUGGGAUGUACAGUUUUAGAGAUGUUGACACGGCAACCUCCUUACUCUCACUUGGAAGGAAUGCAAGCGUUAUUUCGGAUUGGCAGGGGUCAACCUCCACCUGUUCCAGAAUCUUUGUCCACUGAUGCCCGAGAUUUCAUUCUUAAAUGCUUACAAGUUAACCCAAACAAACGGCCAACUGCUGCCCGGCUAUUGGACCAUCCAUUUGUAAAGAGACCACUUCUAUCUCCCAUAAGUCCUGUUUCUCCAAGUAUUAAUCUUUUAAUGUCGUAAGAGCUCUCAGUCACCUCUAACAUUGGCACGGGGAAAGGUCGGAUCCAUCAACUAUUUUUGAUUGUUUAUUCUAACAGAUCGAGUGAUAAAGACCUCAGGUUUAGACUGGUGAAAUAUACAGGAAAAGGUCAGUAGUUUUGCAGAUAUAUCUGGAGUUGGACCAUACAAUCUAAAGCUGAUUUGGUUAUAAUCACUUACAUUAGAUUAGACCACCAUGCCGGUCCCUGAUGACGGGUCUUGUGACUAGAUAUGUGAAAUGGAGAAUAAGAAGACGGGCUUCUGCAUUUCCACCAGGAGAGAGCUAAGGUCAUAUACUUAGAGCUGAGCUGUUCGUUCUUUUUGUCAAGCAAUAGUUAUUAGAGCAACGGUUUCGAGUAUUUAUAGUCACAGGCACUCUCCCUUGACAUGUGUAAAUAGAGCUAGCCAAGAAAGGGAAGUGUGCACCUAACAAAGGAAGCAGCCUUUAUUGUAUUAAUUGCUUGCACUUUCUCUUCAAUUAGAGCAACAAUGAACAUUCACGUUUGAUCAAUUGGAGCAUUUUCGUAGUUUAUAAUUAUGCUGAUUCAGGAAAGAAAAAGUAUAUACUUUACGUUGGAUUAUUUCCUAUUACUAAGCUUGGUGGUAGUUAGUUUGGCUUGAUGGCCCUAGAAAUAGAAUCAGCUCGAACAGCUACACAUACGCCAUUUGCAUUUAUUUGAUACUUCUACCACUUCUACA